UGUUUAGAUAUACAAGCCCUUUCUGCAAGAAGGAUACGAUGUACAAACAGGACAAAUAGCGUGACACUAAUUAAUUCUGACCUACUUCAUUAAUGCAAUCGGAAUUACGCUAAUAUUGGUGCUAUAGGAUACGUUUGCACGCAACGACAAUACAUUAUCGUCACUGCGUCACAGCGUAAUUUCUGCGCAGCUGAUCAUAAUCUGUAUUGCGGGGCACAAGAAAAUCUGAUUGCUGAAAAUGUUGGAUCACGAGAUUAUAAUAAAGACCAUUGAUUUUCAGUUUUGCUGUAAAUACUUUAGCCGGCAAGGUUUUGAGGUGAUUGCUCGCCAAAAUGCGUCUCAUGGAAUGGAUGAUGGAAGGGUCGUUCGACAUCUCCGAGGUUCCAUAUAGGCAUUCGCGAGUAGGUCUGCCUCGGAGGAUGGUCUGGAUGCUUGCGGCAAUAUUUUCCAUAAUCACGUUCAUACUAGUAGUCGCUGGAGCAAUUCUCACAGCGAUUGCGUACACUGAAGUGCGGCCACCUACAGCUGAUGAUAAUUACCAGCGAUAUCUCGGUUCAGACUACCGCAGAGUUAUUGGUCCGUUGAUGAUGAUCAUUUCACUGAUGGUUUUCGUUAUGGGUAUAGCCUAUUUACUUGGUCGGAAGAUCUCGCACAAGGCGGACAAAAAGCAAAUGGCGCUCCUUCGAGAACGCUUGUAUCCUCAAACAAGUCUACCGCGACAGCAGUCGUCUCCUGGACGGGGUCUGCACGACUCCUCUAAGCGCUCGCUGGACAUCCACUGAGUUCGAUAUCUAUCGAAUUUACUGCCAAGACAAAUAAUAUUAGUUGAUCAUACAUCGAUCAUUCAAUUCAAAUCUAUGCAUACAGACAUAAGAACCCUUAUGCAUAUUCUGUAUAUAGAACCAUUUCAUAGAGAAAGCCUUUCAGAAAGGAACUGGCAAACAUGGUCUGACAGAAGACCUCAAACAUGCGUUAGUGUCCCAUAAUAAAUUACACAUACGGCCACA